GUUCGUAUGGGUUUAUGAAGGGCUUUAACGCCGAUCUUCGUCUCCAGACUUCACCUCCUCUUCCAGAAUUCUCCAAUGGUUUAUUGCGUCUGAGGAAAAGUAUAACCCUAGAUUCCCGAAUUCGCUUCUCUGAAUCCCCACGUCCCGUCAUGUUGAAGCUCCUCUCUUCGUCAGCUUCCCUUACUCGUCAUGUCUCUCCGGCUGCUCUUCGGGUCGGGUCCGGUCCGGUGGAGAGCCCACUGUUCAAGGCGCUGAGUCAGCUCACCGGGUGGAAUCGGAGACCCAGCGGGUUGGGUCGCCGCGUUUUCUUCUGCUCCGAGCCCAACGAUGGCGCGCCCGAGGCGGCGGCUGAUGCCGAGACGAAGGCCGUCGAGUCAGAGUCCGAAGGGCCCGACUUUAAAUCGUCGUCAGCGAUUGUGUCCACUAACCCUAGGCCCGAGGAUUGCCUAACAGUUUUGGCAUUACCGUUACCGCACAGACCUCUUAUUCCUGGGUUUUACAUGCCAAUCUAUGUCAAGGAUCCUAAAUUACUUAAAGCAUUACAAGAGACAAGAAUGCGACAAGCUCCAUAUGCUGGGGCUUUCCUUUUAAAGGAUGAUCCUUGGAUGGUGGCUUGGAAAAUCAUCUGUCUUUCGGGCCCUCCGGGAGUAGGGAAGACCAGCAUUGGCCGCUCUAUUGCACGUGCUUUGAACCGCAAGUUCUUCAGGUUCUCCGUUGGAGGGUUAGCUGAUGUUGCCGAGAUCAAGGGGCAUCGUCGAACGUAUGUUGGUGCUAUGCCAGGAAAGAUGGUGCAAUGCCUAAAAAGUGUUGGAACAGAAAACCCUCUUGUCCUAAUUGAUGAAAUCGAUAAGCUGGGAAGGGGACAUGCCGGUGACCCGGCUAGUGCAUUGUUGGAGCUUCUAGAUCCAGAACAGAAUGCAAAUUUCCUGGACCAUUAUCUCGAUGUUACUCUUGACCUUUCCAAGCUCUCCAAAGAGUUGCUUGAUCGACUUCACCAAGUUGGCACACUUGUUCAGAUUUCAAGCAUCCAAGGUGACCAAGUUACCAUCAUUGGUUACAGGCGACUCCGAAUCACAGAGAUGGUGAGCGAAGAUCCUCUUACUGUCAAAAUCGAUCAUCUCAAGGAUAAGCCAUACGACAAGGAUGAUGAUGUUAUUAAGGCAACAUCAUUUGAAGUUAUUUCAACACUUAGGGAUGUUUUAAGAAAAAAUCCUCUCUGGAGAGAUCAUGUCGCGACUUAUAACCAGCACAUGGGUGACUUUAAUUAUCCAAAAGUAGCUGAUUUUGGAGCCGGGAUAUCUGGAGCUAACAAGGAUCAAGCUCAACAAGUUCUUGAAGAACUAGAUGUGUAUAAACGUCUACAGUUGACACUAGAGUUGUUGAAAAAAGAAAUAGAAAUUAGCAAGAUUCAGGAAUCUAUUGCGAAAGCUAUCGAAGAAAAAAUUAGUGGUGAGCAACGUCGUUACUUGCUAAAUGAGCAGCUCAAGGCUAUAAAGAAGGAGCUAGGAGUGGAGACAGAUGAUAAAUCUGCACUUUCUGCAAAGUUUAGGGAAAGGAUUGAGCCAAGGAAGGACAAAAUCCCAGCUCAUGUUAUGCAAGUCAUAGAGGAAGAGCUUACAAAACUGCAGUUGCUAGAGGCGAGUUCCAGUGAAUUUAAUGUGACCCGUAACUACCUUGAUUGGUUGACCAUAUUGCCGUGGGGAGAUCACAGCGAUGAGAACUUUGAGAUCUUGCGGGCACAAAAAAUUCUUGACGAGGAUCAUUAUGGCUUAACGGAUGUAAAAGAAAGAAUACUAGAAUUUAUUGCCGUUGGAAAACUUAGAGGCACUUCACAAGGGAAAAUCAUCUGUCUUUCGGGCCCUCCGGGAGUAGGGAAGACCAGCAUUGGCCGCUCUAUUGCACGUGCUUUGAACCGCAAGUUCUUCAGGUUCUCCGUUGGAGGGUUAGCUGAUGUUGCCGAGAUCAAGGGGCAUCGUCGAACGUAUGUUGGUGCUAUGCCAGGAAAGAUGGUGCAAUGCCUAAAAAGUGUUGGAACAGAAAACCCUCUUGUCCUAAUUGAUGAAAUCGAUAAGCUGGGAAGGGGACAUGCCGGUGACCCGGCUAGUGCAUUGUUGGAGCUUCUAGAUCCAGAACAGAAUGCAAAUUUCCUGGACCAUUAUCUCGAUGUUACUCUUGACCUUUCCAAGGUUUUAUUUGUCUGCACAGCAAAUGUGAUAGACAUGAUUCCAAAUCCUCUACUGGACAGAAUGGAGGUAAUUUCUAUUGCCGGGUACAUCACCGAUGAGAAAAAGCAUAUAGCCAGGGAUUAUUUGGAGAAAACCGCACGUGAAGAGUGUGGCAUUAAGCCUGAACAGGUUGAGGUGAGUGAUGCAGCUCUUCUAUCAUUGAUUGAAAAUUACUGCAGAGAAGCCGGUGUUAGGAAUCUCCAAAAGCAGAUUGAGAAGAUAUACCGUAAGAUUGCUCUUAAACUAGUCCGAGAAGGAGCGUCCAAAGAGUCUGCUGAUGCUUCUGAACACAACGAAGCAAUGUCUGACGUGAACACUGACUCGGAAUCCUCAGAGAAUCCAAUCGAUAAAGAAUCUGAAGGAUCUACUGUGCAGACAAAUGAGUCAACUUCCGAGCAACCCAUUGAAUCAAAGGAAGAGCUUCAAUCUGAGAAAACCGGAGCAGAAGCUGGAAACGUGGAAAAGGUUGUGAUUGAUGAAUCAAACCUUGCAGAUUACGUAGGCAAACCGGUUUUCCAUGCGGAAAGGAUAUACGAGCAGACACCAGUGGGGGUAGUGAUGGGUCUAGCUUGGACGUCCAUGGGCGGUUCAACGCUGUAUAUAGAGACGACAGUAGUUGAGGAAGGAGAUGGGAAAGGUGGCCUCCACUUGACGGGACAGCUCGGGGACGUUAUGAAAGAAAGUGCUCAGAUUGCUUACACGGUCUCCAGGAGAAUCUUGCUCGAGAAAGAACCCGAGAACACGUUCUUUGCGAAUACCAAGCUCCAUCUCCAUGUUCCUGCUGGGGCCACUCCAAAGGACGGUCCGAGCGCAGGCUGCACCAUGAUCACAUCCUUGCUAUCGCUCGCAAUGAAGAAGCCAGUUAGAAGGGAUCUUGCAAUGACAGGGGAAGUCACUCUAACCGGUCGGAUUCUUCCCAUUGGAGGGGUGAAGGAGAAGACGAUAGCGGCGAGAAGGAGCCAGGUGAAGACGAUAAUAUUCCCGGAAGCCAACAGGAGAGACUACGACGAGCUGGCUGAGAACGUGAGAGAAGGGCUCGACGUACACUUUGUCGACGACUAUGCCCAGAUUUUCGAGCUGGCUUUCGGCUACGACCCCCACCCGACCAAUCAUUAGAAAGAGGUUUGAACAUGUAUGCCUCUGUCCUAAUCUCACAUUCUUGAUUCUUUCAGGCGAGGACAAGGUUCCCCCCCAAUGCGUUCCUCUCUUCUCGGUUCUUUAUAAAACAGUCUUUCGUUUUUUU